GGAGGAGGAGGAGGAGGAGGGAGAGCAAAGUGGAGAACUGUCUAUGAAGACUCCCGCCUUCGUCCGAAUGAAGAAGGUAUUUGAUCCUCCUCUGGGGGAAAGCAGUACGGCUCCUCAACAAGGUCCUCCAGACACGCGGAAGGCUCCGGCCAAGCCCAGAAAGGUGAGGGCUAAGCAGGAGCGAGCCAGCCACCUCCCAAAGAGCUACCUGAUGAGCACCUUCAAGCACUUUGCCAAGACCAGGGUCGCGGCUGAUGUGUUUCCCGCCCUGGACAACAUAGUGGAUGCCUACUUUCAGCGAAUGGCGUUGGACUUGGAGACGUACGCGCAUCACGCCAAGAGGAAGACCAUCGAGGUCGCCGACGUGGAACUACUGCUGAGGAGGCAGGGCUAUGUUACAGACAAGGUUCCUGUGGAAGUCCUCAUUGAGAAAUAUCUUCCCAUGGAAUACAGAAGGAUGCUCAUCCCCAUAGCAACCAGCGGAAAUAUCGUCAUCCCUAAAAAAAAAUAACUAUUAUUUCUGAGUACUGGAUGACUUUAAAGAAAAUGACGAUUACAUAAGGAGAAAGAAUAUUUGCUUGGUGUUUCUAUUAUUGUUGUUCCUUCUCUUUGUAGCAUCGUUUUAUAUGUGCAAUAUUUCUCCUUUUUUUUUUUUAUAAUAAAUUUAA